CGGAGGACGCAUAGAUCACAUCCGGGGCUGGUUUAUUCUAAUAACGAAACGUCCAACCCGGAAAAAAAGAGAAGACUUCUGUAAUCCGAGCGCACAAACAAACAGGCGAGAGUGCGACAGUCUCAUGCACGCCGGUUUUGUAGAUGUCCGCCGUUUGGAAAAGUUGUUAAAAACUUUGCGUAAAACAUGCGCGUAUUUACCAAAGUCGGCGCUCUCCUCUGCUCUUCGUAGCCCUGCGGGGCGCUGGCUGUGGCGCACACUGAGUCUCCACAGCGGUGAUAUGUGAUAGCGACAGCAUGCCGUACGUGGAUCGGCUGAACCGUGUGUGCGGCUUCCUAGAUAUCGAAGAGAAGGAGAACAGCUGCCGUUUCCAGAGACGAUAUUUCAUCCUCGACACGCAGGGAAAUGCUCUGCUGUGGUAUAUGGACAACCCUCAGAAUCUGCCCAGUGGAGCCAGUUUUGUCGGCAGCCUGAGAUUAACUUACAUCUCUAAGGUGAGUGAAGCUACAGGGAAGCAAAAGCCCAAGACAGAGUUCUGCUUUGUCAUUAAUGCAGUAUCACGGCGGUACUUCCUCCAAGCCAACGAUGUGACUGACAUGAAGGACUGGGUGGCUGCUCUCAACAGGGCCAGCAAGAUCACUGUUCCUAAGUCCUGCCCUGCACCUCUGAGGUCUGAUGUGACCGCAGUGAUCCGUGACACUCAGAAAGGGAAGAGACAACAGGCCUACAAGACCGAGAUCAUUGGCGGUGUGGUGGUGCACACUCCCAUCCAGAAUGAGAGUGAAGACACCGAAGGGAGAGAGAGGAAGGGCAACAGGCCGGGCGUGCUGAGAUGUGGUUACUGUGUUAAACAAGGAAAUGUGAGAAAGAGCUGGAAGAGGCGGUUUUUCGUCCUGGAUGACAACGCCGUCAGCUACUACAAGUCCGAGAGUGACAAGGAGCCUCUUCGAGCUGUUCCACUGAGGGACAUUCAGAAGGUCCAUGAAUGUCUCGUCAAGUCCGGGGACCUCCUGCUGAGAGACAACCUGUUUGAGAUCAUCACCAGCUCCAGAACUUUCUACAUUCAGACGGACUCUCCAGAGGAGAUGCAUGAUUGGAUCAGGGACAUUGAGAUGAAGAUCCAGGAUUUCAGAGGUCCCUCGAAGCAGGGCUUCUUAUUCAAACGUUCAUCUUCUCUCUACCGGAGUCACGCCUCCUCUGCGUCUCGCGGUCAGCAGAGUGAUGAGCGCAGACCUGCACUGGUCAAGUCCUGCUCCGUGGCACCGGGCUGGCAGCCCUGGACGCCCGUCCCUCAGUGCGAGGCCUCCAUCAUGGAUACAGAGGACGGAGACAGCGCGUUCAGCUCCGUGCGCACUCUGUCUUCUCUGUCCUCCUCCUCCUCAUCCGCCUCCUCCUCAUCCAACUCCCUGAUCCUCACAGCGUCGGCAGAUGCGGCCAGCGGGCGUCGGAGGCAUCGCUCGCAGCCUCAGGCUCACACCAGCUGCAGCUUCCCCUUUAGCCUGGACGACGACAGCAUCCGCACCACAGACGUCUAGUUCAGAGGUCUGCCCAGACUCCUGCGUGGACUAAAGUGUUGGUACCUGUUUUAAAAUGAAUGUGACUGGCAGUUGUGUUCCCUGCUAAUGAAGUGACACUGUGACCGUCUGCCUCAAUGCCAUGACAUGAGAUUGGGGCCCCCUGCUGGUGGUGCAGCUGCUUUGCAGAAGAAGGACGCACCCAGCUGAAGGAAGGCGCAGUGUUAGUGGUUCACAGGACUGUGAAAAGGUAUGAUGGAGAUAUUUUUAGUCCAACUUCCUCUGAAAACUUGAAUAAUCUUGUUAAUUGUUCUUGCAGACCUAAAAAUUAUGGCACAUGCUUUUGAUUUGUUGCACUCGGCUGCCACCGGACUCCCCAGGAUUUUUGUUUUCACCCUUUGGGCUAGAAGUAUUCACAAAGUAUUUAAUGGCAUUUUAACACAUUGGUAUCCAUAUUUUUUUUACACAAAGCUUAUUUUCACCACAUGCAUUUAAAUAUACUGGACAGCAUUAGUUUCCGUUGGGAGCAGCAGUGUUUUUCCUUCUUUUUUUUCUCAUACACACAUUAUGUGAAAAGCCACACGUCAGAUUUAGGUUAAUAAUAAUAAUUAAACAAGCAUUUUAUUCCUAACACCUUGUUUGCGCUAUGCUUUGAAAAGGACCUUUUAUCCUUUUGCUUAAAGAUCAAUUGUCAGGAAACUGUGACUCCUCUGUUGGGUUUUAACAGGUACCAUAACGAUACUGCAGUGUUUUCAUGGUACUUGUUGUAAUAUGUCAUUCCAGUCUCAAAGUUCAGCUCGUCACUUGGUAAAUGUGAUAUUUUUGUUAUUGCAGCAUUAUGUGGAAAGACUUGCCACUACUUUUUGUAAUUGAACUGUAAUUCUGCACUUUGCAUUUCUUGUUUUUAUUUGCGUUUUUUUUCAUGUUUUGGUCAUAGCUCUUGCCGAAGAUACUACAGGUUCUUUUGUAUCGAUGUCUCGCGUACUUUUGAGUUGUUACACCAGUAGUUUUAGCUCCUCUUAGGUUCACCUCAAGGCUUCAUUGAUGUGGUACCGUGUUCAUUCCUGUUUGCGUUUUCUGAAGCUGUGUGCACUUAUCUGCCUGCGUAUUAUGUUAAAGUACUUCCUUGUACAUUAAAUGAUGCUUUUUAUUGUC